AUGCAGUCGUUGGACAUAAAACCGUCAGUCGGACUGAUCGCUUGCUGCGAAUGCGGUGUUGCAAUCGAGCCGAAUCCGGCGAACAUGUGCAGCGGAUGCCUUCGCUCCAGGGUAGACAUCACCGAAGGAAUCACUCGCUCUUGUGAGUUUCAACACCCUGAUUAUUUUUAUUUUCAAGUAUUCAGGCACAAUCUACAUGUGCAAGUUCUGCGAUCGCUACUUUGUUCCUCCAAGUGCUUGGAUGAGAGCUGAACUCGAAUCCAAAGAGUUACUCUCGAUUUGUCUCAAAAAGCUGAAGCCUAUGCUCACAAAAGUUCGUUUGUGUUUUUUCACGUAUCAAAUAAGGUUGUUCUCAAUUUCAGGUACGUCUCACUGAUGCCUGCUUUGUGUGGACCGAAGCUCACUCCAAGCGUAUCAAAGUAAAGAUCACAAUCCAGAAAGAAGUGUUCACUAACACCAUUCUCCAGCAGGCAGUGGUUGUUGAGUUCACUGUUCACAGUCAGGUACACAUUGAACAAUCUUUUCGACUAAAUGUCUAAUUUGUGAGUAUAUUCCAGCUCUGUGAUGAUUGUCGCCGUGCCGAAGCCAAGGAUUUUUGGCGUGCGUGUGUGCAAGUUCGUCAGCGGGCUGAGUUCAAGAAGACGCUCUUUUACCUGGAGCAGCUGCUUCUGAAGCAUUCUGCUCACAAAGAGUGCACUGGAGUGAAGCCAGUGCCGACCGGAAUCGAUUUCUACUUCGCAAAACAACAAGAAGCCAGAAAAUUCGUCGACUUUUUGAAUACUGUGCUUCCGUGCAAAUACCACUAUGCCCAGGUACCUCGAUUUUCACAAAAAAUUUUAUUUAUAAAGAAUUAUCCUUCAGGAGCUCGUUUCUCACGAUACAAAAAACAACACAUACGACUACAAGCACACUUUCUGUGUGGAGAUCGUGCCCAUCUGCAGGUUAGGGUUUUCUUCAAGAAAUGUCAUGUUAAUAACUUGUUUCAGAGACAACAUCGUUUGUCUUACGAAGAAAACCGCUCAGUCAUACGGAAACAUGUCGCAAAUCGUUCUCUGUCUUCGUGUCUCUAACGUCAUCACUUUAAUCGACCCAAACAAUCUUCAGUUGGUCGAUGUCCAAGCGUAAGCAUUCUGAAGUCACAAUUUUCUCGACUGUAGCCUAAAUUCAGAACGAAUUUCUGGAGGGAGCCGUUUGAUUCUCUUUGCGGCCCGAAACAAUUGACCGAGUUCUACGUGCUCGACGUCGAGCCUAUUGACAAUUUCGAAAGAAAAGCAGGUCAUGGAUAUGUGAGCAAGAAGCACGAGCUCGCCGACGUUUGGCUGGUCAGAAGUGACCAGGUUGGCAUGUCUGACGCCCAAACGCUCUCGGCUCGCACUCAUCUCGGGCAUUUGCUGUCUCCUGGAGAUCUUGUCAUGGGUACGCAUAGGAUAUUCUGAAUACUAGAAACACUCGUUUUCAGCUUUUGACAUGAAGAACUGCAAUGUGAACAACGCGACGUUUGAUGCCAUGAAGAUUGAUAAUGUCCCGGAUGCCAUCAUUGUCAGAAAGGUGAGUGCUCGUUUUUCUGCUGAACUAUUGUAGAUCUGUUCUUCUCAGGUAUUCGACAGAACUCGCCGUGCAGCCAAACGUCAGUGGAAGCUGAAGAGACUUGUCGUUGACGGAAACAUCGUCGGAAACGAGACGGCGUCUGUCGCGGACGAGUUCCAAGGUUUCAUGGAGGACAUCGAAGAGGACGCGUUGAUGAGAGAGAAGAUUAAUAUUUACAAGGUGGGCAAAGGUUGAUAACAACUGACGAGUCUAUUCUGGCACAUGAUAAUGCGUCAUGCAAUAAAAAGUAACCAAUAAUCGGCUGGAUUUCUAGGACGGAGAGAAGAGACCAAAUGUGGACGCAGACGACGAUGACGACGCUCAUCCAGAAGCCCCCACACUGGCCGAGAUGCUUGAUGACUUGAAGUUCGACGACGAAGAAAUGAAUGAGGAGACGGGAAAUGGCACUGCCGAUGAGGACGAAGCGAUGCAUGAGUGA